UUAUAAUACCUAGCACCUACUUUAAAGUUUAAUCAUAUUUAAUUACUCACUUUUGUGAAUUUUUGCUUGGCGUUUUUCGUAAAUAAUUAGUUAAUGUCAUUGAUUAACCAUUGGUAAUGAUAAUUCAUACAUUCCCUAAAUGUAGAGUUGCGGUUAUGGUGGAUUGUUAAAUUGUGAUGCUGAUACAUGUACAAUAAUUUGAUAUCAAAACCUAAUGAAAAUAUUUCAGUAUUCAAUUUAUAAAUAACCUACCUGCAGUCAAACGAUUUUCAAAAUUAGGUGGGUAGGCACUUAUAUCAAUUAUUUUUAUUUAAUUAUUUAUUAACUUACAAAAAAUAUUUUUAUGCCAUUUCUAAACUCAAAAUGUUUUCUUUUAAUUCUUUGUUUUUUUAAAAACAAAAUCAAAUGUUAAUUUGAUAGCAAAUUAAAACCUAACCAACCUGCAUAUAGAUAAAUAAUAAUUAUAAUGUAUUUUAAUUUAAUAAAUCUAAUUCUAUAUUGGUUUACUAUAGUUGAAAAUAAAUAUCUACUAAUGUAAUAGUACUUAUAUAGAUAUAGGUUAUGUAACCAUUUUCUGUGAAUAAAUUUAACUACCUAGGUAUCAAAUAAUGUUAAAUAUCUUUAAAAACUGAAAGGCUUUGUCAAUGAAUAAAAUUUUUUUUAUUAUACCUACUUUUUCAUUGAACUAUCAACUUUAUCAUCAUGGUAAAGUAACCAUGACUUUUAUUUGAGGUGCACAGUAGUAAUAUGGAUAUAGUUUUAAAAUAAUCUGUGAUUAAUAUUCCAUUAAUGGUAUUACUAUAGAAUAUAAUUUUUUUUAAACUAUUAAAGUUUAAAUUGGCUUUUAUUUUUAAUUGUUUAACUAAAUAUUUAACUCUAAAUUAAAAGUUAAGAAACACAAUAAUUCAAACUUAAUAUAUUUCAUUAUUUAUAGCAAAGAACAUGAAUGCAUUUUCAAUUGAACCGUUAGUUGGUUCGGAAUUGUGCAAAGUUGAUGAAAUUAGACGCUUAUAUGAUCUGUUUGAUGUGAGUUUUAAUGAUAACUGUUUGUAAAUAAAUUAAAUACAUACCUACUUUUUAAUUCAGGUCAUUAGUGUUCACAAAAUACAAAAUCCACUUCUUUGGGGAUUAUAUACAUUAAGAAAAAAAGAAAUGGAAUUCAAUAAUGAUAAAAUACCAGUUAAUGAAUGGUUAUUAUAUCACGUUACAGCUACUAAAAAUGUUCUAUCAAUUGCUGAAAAUAAUUUGGACUGGCGUUUUACAAAUCGUUGUCGGUUUGGGAAAGGUGUAUGUUUUUCAUAUUGUCCCUUAUAUGCUAAUAGAUAUGCAUCACGUACUCAAGGUAGAUAUACAAAAAACUAUACAUUUUUUAAGUUAUUUUAAUUAUUUGUACUAAUUAUUAGGUAUUAAAAAAUAGUGUAGAGAAAUGGACUAUAGAUUUACAAAAUAGAAAAGGAAAAAUGUUGCAAGAUAUAUUCUUAGAAAAUAAUCGUGAUAUUCAUGUUGAUAUUUCUUUAAAAUAAUGUUUUACUAAGUUCAUAAUUUAUUUUGUUUAAAAAAUUGUGUAUAUAUAUAAAUAAAAUAAUUUUAAGUACAGUGUCCCACAAAGAUAUAUCCAUUGCAUUAUCUCCUGAGAUAAUAAAGAUAGUCAAAUUAAAUAAGUACAAAUAUUUAUAUAUUUAUGUUUUAGUAAAAAAACUAAAAAUAACUAGGAUAGUCAUUUUAUAGUUUAUUAUUCAUCUGAAAAUGUUGAUGUUUCAACUUGAUAUUCAUUAAAUUUAUGAUUUUUAAUAAUUUUUUAAAGUUUAGAGAAAAGUACUUAUCAUUAUGUAACAGGCUGUAUUCACAUAAAUUGUAAAUUUUUUUCUUUAAACUUUAAAAAAACAAUUAAAAGUCACGAAUUUAGUGAAAAUAAACAAUUGGUAUGUCAAAAUUUUCAGAAGAAUAAACUCUAUGAAGCAGCUAUUAUAAAAAUUAAUUAGAAAGUUAUUUUUUUUUUAUUUUUUAUCAAAAUAUAAAAAAAUAAAUAGGUUUAAAUAUUUGUAGUCCUCAUUUUUAUAAUAAUAAAAAAUAUAUAAUUUGAUUAUCUUUAUAAUUUCCAGAGUUAUUUCAGUUGGUAUAUCUUCAUGAGACACUGUAUACAAACUGAUUUCCUUCAUUAUUUUGUUUUAUAAUGUUUUUUUGUAAUACUAAACUAUAUUUGAUGACAUUUGUCAUCAUACUAAAUAAGCAUUUAUAAUAAUUAAACCUGUACAUUUUUUAAAUGUAUUUAUUAAUAUUCAAUUAGGACCAUCUGUAGAAGUAGAUUAUGAUGAAAAUGUAAUGCAUUUACUCCUAAACAUGGGAUUUCCUAGAGAAGCUAUUAAACGAUCAUUAUUUUAUACAUUUAAUCAAGGACUAGAAGUAGCAGUAAAAUGGCUCAUGGAUCAUAUUACAGAUCCUAAUUAUGCUGAACCAUUUAUCCCACCAAGACGUGAUUUUAAUAACGGUUUGUAAAGUUAAUUAUUUUAUAACUAGCCAAAUGAGAUAAUCUAAAAUAAAGAGCUAAUAGUUUGAUACUGAUUGUUGUAGGUAGCAUGUUGGGAAUGUAGGUUAGAUAAUUAUUUAAUUUAAAAAUAUAAGCAACAAUACAUCAUUUAUAACAAAAUGUGAUUCUAAGCAAAGUUGGGUUACAUAUGUUUUGAAAUGCUAAAAUAUUGAUUUUCGUCAACAUUUGAUAUCAAAAUACUCAUAAAAAUUAUUACACAUCACAGAAUUUUUUUUUUUUUUUUGCCAAUUUGUAAAGCUUACAAUGCAUUUUGAUAUUACAAUUUCAAACAUUUCAGUUAAGUCAAACACUUACAUCUAUAAAGAGUGUCCUACAAAGACCUAUUGUAAAAUCUAUAAAGAUUAACAAUAAAGAUUAUCAAAUUAUGCUUUAUAUAUAUAUAUCACUCAUAGGUAUAAGGACUACAAAUAUUUGUAAAAAAUAGCAUACAAAAUUAAUUACAAUAUAAAAAACAUGAUUUGAUUAUCUUUAUUAUUUCAAAAGAUAUUACAGUGGAUAUAUCUUUAUGAGACACCCUGUAUAGUACUUACCAAAUAAAACAUAUGUUUUUUCCCAAUUAUUAUAAAAACUACUUGAAAAAUAAUAUCAUUUUAUUUUUGAUUGAAGCAAAAUUUUUGGUAAAACACAUAAAUCUUAUAAAUUUAAAUAUAAUAAUUAAAUCUGUAAAGCCUCGUCACGUGAUUUAUAUUAUUUAUCUGUUUUCCAAGAUUACUAUCAAAACUGCUUAGAAAUUUUAAAAAUGUCUCCUUUAAUGCACCAACUAGAUCCAAAAUUCAACAAAAAUAUCUUUUGGCUUUUUUUUAUUGGAUCAAGAUAUUUAGUAUAUCAAUUAUUUAUAGAAAGAAAAAUUGUCUCUGUAUUUAGAAUCUUAAAUUAUAAUUAUUUAUUAAAAAUAUGUUAUAGAUAUUAAUUUGUAUCCCAUUGUGUUCCAUCAUGUAAAAUUAUAUAUAGGAAAACUUAUCAAAUCUGCAUUAAAAAGUGAAAUAUUUCUUAUGGAAUGUUUUAAAUAUUUGUUUGUCUAAUUUAUCUAAUGCAAUAUUAUUCAAAUAACUGCAUGUUUAUUAAUUUAAAUAAAUUACUUAAAAGGUUUUAUAGAUUUAAGAAAAUACAAAAUACAUUUUUGAAAUUUUUUUUUUUUUAUAAAAAAAAAAAAAAUCUUUACUUACAACAUUUUAGCUUGCGAGGCUAGAAUAAAUAGAUGUUUUGUCUAUAAUAUAUUUUUUUUUAUUAAUUUUGGUAUAGUUUAAGAUUUAGUUUGGAUAUUAUACUUAUAAAAUAGUUAGAUUAUCUAAAAGAAGGAAAAUCCAUUGAGUGGUAAAGGAGUUUGGCGUAGAAAGUAUUUAAGCUGUAUUAUUAAAUACCUAAUAUAUUCAUUUUUCUUUUAUACAUUUUUAGAAAUGCCAAUUGAACGUGCGUUUAUAAUUUGUCGAGUUUUAGUUCGAAGAACUAAAGAUGUUAAAGUUAAUUAUAGUUUAGAUAUUAUUUCUAAUUAUUUUGAUACGGCUAAAUCAACAAACGGAAUGGUGUAUGUAAAAUUUAAUGAUUAUGAAUUUUAUCCACAGUACGUUGUUUAUUAUAAAGAACAUAAUGUAUCACAAAAUAUUGACAUGUAUUCAUAUAAUUUGAAUUAUAGUAAUUUUGAUUUUCAAUAAGGUAUAAUAUAAUAAUAAGUAUUUAAAUUCUUAAUUGUAUACAAAUUAUAUAAAAAGGG